AUAAUCUUAACCUCUGCAAAUGGCGGCGACAUGCCAAAAAAUUCCUAACACGUGAAAAUAAAAUACUGAUUUGUUUUGAAUUUUUAUCGUGUAUCAGUGUAAAGCCUAACUUACAUAAAGGAAACGAUAAUUAAUUUGUUGUACAAGUUACAAGUUGUUGUUUGGUUGGGAGAAGGUUAAUCAUUUUAAUAAUUUUGAUUCUGCGACUCAAAACAUGGGUGAAGAGAAAAAGGUUAUGUUUCAUGAAAUGGAACUUGAUGAUCGGAUAUUGAAGGCUAUAUCGCAAUUGGCAUGGCCGGAGCCCACAUUAAUCCAAGAAACAGCCAUACCACUUCUGUUAGAAGGCAAAGAUGUGUUGAUGAGGGCUAGAACAGGUUCUGGCAAAACUGCGGCCUUCACAAUACCUGUUAUCCAGAAAAUAUUGAACUUAAAGAACACGAGUACACAUCAGUGCAUCAGGGCUCUUAUAUUGUCGCCAAGUAAAGAGCUGUGUGGACAGAUUACAUCUGUCAUCAGUGAUCUAACAACAAAAUGUGCGAGAGAAGUGAAAUGCAUAGACAUAUCGUCAAGCGGAGACACUCCAACACAGAAGGCUUUGUUGUCAGACAAACCAGACAUAGUUGUGGCAACACCAUCAAGAGCACUGGCACAUUUGAAGGCAAACAACAUGAGGCUGAAGGAAGAUUUGGCUGUGCUGGUAGUGGAUGAAGCAGACUUGGUGUUUUCAUUUGGAUAUGAAGAUGAAAUCAAAGAGUUGUUAGGACAUCUACCAAAAAUAUACCAAGCGGUGUUAGCAUCAGCCACACUCUCCGAUGAUGUCCUAAGUCUGAAAAAGAUUGUUCUCCGGAACCCUGUGACUCUAAAACUGGAGGAACCAGAACUAGCACCUUCAACACAACUGCAGCAUUACCAUCUGUUUGCUGAAGAGGAUGAUAAGGCAGCCAUAUUGUAUGCUCUGUUGAAGCUCAACCUUAUUAGGGGAAAGAGUAUCAUAUUUGUCAGAACUGUGGAUAGGUGUUAUAAAUUAAAAUUAUACCUAGAACAGUUUAAAAUAGGUUCCUGCGUUCUAAACUCGGAGCUCCCCGCAGCAGUCAGAUGUUUAUCAGUAGACCAGUUCAACCGAGGAAGGUAUCAGAUCAUCAUAGCAUCAGAUGAAAUGGCUCUAGAGAAACCUGACGGUGGUAUAUUGCCUAUAGAAGAAAGAAAAAAGAAGAAACAAGCUUCAAAACGGAAGAAAGACAAAGAAUCCGGUGUGUCGCGAGGAAUAGAUUUUCAGCACGUGUCAAAUGUGAUUAAUUUUGAUUUUCCAUUGGAUGUGAACUCCUAUGUGCAUAGAGCUGGAAGGACAGCUAGGGGGAAGAAUCAGGGUUCAGUGUUAUCAUUUGUGUCAAUAAGAGAAAAGCAGUUAAUGGAAGCAGUAGAGGCGCAUUUAUCAAAAGGUUUCAAGGAACAGAAAGUCAUACAAAAGUAUGAGUUUGCUCUCGAAGAGGUGGAAGGUUUCCGUUACCGGUCCCGGGACGCGUGGCGAGCUGUCACCAGGAUAGCUGUCAGGGAAGCCAGGCUCAAAGAGAUCAAACAGGAACUGCUCAACUGUAAGAAGUUGCAGGGCUACUUCGAAGAGAACCCAACAGACUUAGCAGCUUUACGAAGAGACAAAGCCUUGCAUACUGUCAAGGUCCAACACCACUUGGCUCACGUUCCUGAGUACUUACUCCCCGCAGCCUUGAGGAAUGAAGACUCAGUGGAAGAUGAGCAGGAAGGGGCGGCGGCACCCGCGCCCGCACCGCAUAAGAAAAGGAAACAGAACGCCCAGUAUGGCAGUGCUAAAAGACAUAAGUACCAGGCUCGUCAAAACGAUCCCCUGAAGAGUUUCGACGUGAAGAAGAAGGCGGUGACCGCGGGCGACACGUAGCAGACACUUUUUGCGUCGGUGUCUCCGCGAGAUAUUUAGUAUAACCACCAGUUCGGUUAGUACGAUCAAUGUUACACCGUAGCAUUGAUGACAAUAAAUUAUGUUUAUUUUUCCAAAAA